CGCAGAUCAGUGUGUGAAGUCCGUGCAGGAAUUGCCCGAGGAAGCACAACGCAGGCGAACCGUGAAACUCAUAAUGAGGGAUAAACCUUUAACCGGGCAGCCAUGGAGCUGUCUCACCACCCUCUCCCCAUCUUCUUCACCCCCCUCUUCCUCCUCAUCUCCCCUCCAACAGGCUGUCUGGCUGGGACCUCGGUCCAUGGAGACCCACGUCUGGAGGAGGAGGCUCCCCUCCCCGGUCUGGCUGCUGCAGGUCCAGUUCUGCAGGACGGGCCGUUUGUGGUAGUGUGGAACAUGCCCACGGCACGCUGUCAGAAAAAGUUUAAUGUCCACCUGGACCUGAGAGACUUCCACAUAGUAGAAAACCAGCCGGAGGAAUUCCAGGGACAGAAAAUCCUUAUUUUUUACCGUGACCACCUGGGGAAGUAUCCGUACAUCUCCCCAUCAGGUUGGAGGGUGAACGGAGGAGUGCCACAACGCAGCGACCUGGCCGCCCACUUCUCCCUCGCCAAGAUGCAGAUCGCCACGCUGCUGCAGCCCAACUUCACCGGUUUGGCCGUCGUCGACUGGGAGGAGUGGCGUCCGCUGUGGGACAUGGACUUCGGGACCAAGACAGUAUACCGGCAGCUGUCAAAGGCCUUGGUCAGGCAGGAGAGACCCGGUCUGUCUGAAAGGGUGGUGACGUCAAUGGCACGGCGGCAGUUUGAGGGAGGCGCGCGGAAGAUCAUGGAGGAGACGCUGCAGUUGGGGGGGAGAGUUCGCUCUGGUGGAUUCUGGGGGUUUUAUGGAUUGCCCACCUGCUUCAACAACCCACAUGAAGACAGACACAGAAACUACACAGGACAGUGUUGUGUCGGGACAAGAGAGGAGAAUGACCAGUUGGCCUGGCUAUGGCACCAGUCAACCGCCCUUUACCCCAGUAUAUAUCUGCCGGAGAGGCUGGCAGGGUCCAGGGAUGCAGCUCUAAUGGUCAGAAACAGGUUGCUGGAAGCUUUGAGAGUGGCAUCAACCUGGCACCAUGGCAAAACUGCCAACCAUGCCACACCUGUGCUGCCCUAUGCCAGACUGGCUUUCACACACACUCUCCAUUUUCUCAGUAAGUCAGACCUGGAACACACCCUGGGGGAGAGUGCAGCACUCGGGGCUGCAGGAGUGGUGCUGUGGGGGGAGCUGAUGUUUGCCAAGUCCAAGCAUCAAUGUAUUCUUCUUAGAGACUACAUCCAUUCAGUCUUAGGCCGCUACGUCCAAUCGCUGAGAUCCGCCACCCGACGCUGCAGCCUCCAAAAUUGCUAUGGCAACGGACGCUGCGCCAGGAGACAGCCCAACUCCGGUCACAUGAUCACUUCAGUGUCAUCUAUGACCUCUGACCUUAAUUAUGCUAAUAUACACCCUGACCCCUCCAGCGAACACUUCAAGCACUUCCUGUGCCAGUGUUACCCGGGCUGGACUGGGGAGAGAUGUCAAGAGAGGAGGAAUGAGAAGUGAAAUAAAUGCUCUAGAGAGAUCUGUUAAGCACACUGUAAAAUGUCAAGUGUCUUUUGUUUGUUUUUUCUUUUCACCUUGGUUAAAAGUCCUUUCUGAA